AGUCAAGGCUCAGGUGAAAUCACACAGCUUGCAAGACAGGAUUGGAAUCCAAGUCCCAUAUCCUGUUCCUUUGCCGCUUCUUGGUGCCUACAGAAGUCACAGCUUAGUGUCUUCAAGAGGCAGUAUGUCAGAGGGGGUGGGCACAUUCCGAAUGAUCCCUGAAGAGGAGCAGGAGCUCCGGGCACAGCUGGAACAGCUCACAACCAAGGAUCAUGGUCCUGUCUUUGGCCUAUGCAGCCAGCUGCCCCGCCACACUUUGCAGAAGGCCAAGGAUGAGCUGAAUGAAAGGGAGGAGACCCGGGACGAGGCGGUGAGGGAGCUACAGGAGCUGGUCCAGGCACAGGCAGCUUCUGGGGAAGAGUUGGCCGUGGCAGUGGCUGAGAGGGUGCAGGCAAGAGACAGCGCCUUCCUCCUGCGCUUCAUCCGUGCCCGCAAGUUUGAUGUGGGCCGGGCUUAUGAGCUGCUCAAAGGCUAUGUGAACUUCCGGCUCCAGUACCCUGAACUCUUCGAUAGCCUAUCCAUGGAGGCUCUCCGCUGCACUAUCGAGGCCGGUUACCCUGGUGUCCUUUCCAGUCGGGACAAGUAUGGCCGAGUGGUUAUGCUCUUCAACAUUGAAAACUGGCACUGUGAAGAAGUCACCUUUGAUGAGAUCUUACAGGCAUAUUGUUUCAUUCUGGAGAAACUGCUGGAGAACGAGGAAACCCAAAUCAAUGGCUUCUGUAUUGUUGAGAACUUCAAGGGCUUCACCAUGCAGCAGGCCGCGGGACUCCGCCCCUCCGAUCUCAAGAAGAUGGUGGACAUGCUCCAGGAUUCAUUCCCAGCCAGGUUCAAAGCUAUCCACUUCAUCCACCAACCAUGGUACUUCACCACCACUUACAAUGUGGUCAAGCCCUUCUUGAAGAACAAGUUGCUACAGAGGGUCUUCGUUCAUGGAGAUGACCUGGACGGCUUCUUCCAGGAGAUUGAUGAGAAUAUCUUGCCUGCUGACUUUGGGGGUACACUGCCCAAGUAUGACGGCAAAGUUGUCGCUGAGCAGCUCUUCGGUCCCCGGGUUGAGGUUGAGAACACAGCCUUGUGAGGAGAUGCCCUACCAUGUGAUCCUCAUUAGCAUCCCGGCCCUUCCUCAGCUUUCCUGAACCAAAAAUUGGGAACGGGAACGCCUGAGGUGACUGGUUUCCCCAGCCUUCCCUAGGUUUAGGACCGCUCUAGUGGCAUCUCAUCCCAAACCGACCUAGAGGGCAGUGAGGCACGGGCAU